CUGUUCAUCAGUCUUUGAGCUUCGUUGCUCAGUAACGAUCUCGUUGCCUCGAAUCCUUACAUGAUUUCUGUGAAAUCCUUGAUUGUUUUUACCAAUUAUGCAACGCUAGCUAGUUGCGUAGCGCAGUAUCGUGUUGUUGACUGAUUACAGCAUCUUUUGUUCCUACAAAAUUACUCAUAAUUAAAACACUCGUCAAUGUGCGUAUGUGUUUUACGGUUAGUCGUUCAGUUUUGUUGGUGGUUGCAUCACAAGUGAACACUUGCUUGCGUUCAUUUUUGGUUUCUAAUGAAAGUUAUCAGGUAAAAAAAAAGUAUGAACAAACGUUUGCUUUUCUUUUAAUUGGGGGCCUUGUUAUCCCACAAACCUUCUGGUCCUGGUUUUAUCGACCCCAGAAACAUGGAAAGCCGAGUACAUUUUAUAUAAAAUGUACAAACAUAUUUUAUUCCGUCAAACUAAAAAUUCCCUCACUCCUCUUUAAGAUUCAUCGAGAGUGGCAAACAAAUAGGCGCGCAAAGCAUGUUUAUAGCUGCCCCCUCUUUCUAUGCCAUCUUUUCUGGUUCACAAGUUUGGCUUAAUCGUUUACUUCGUUAGGUAUUUUAUCGUUUUGUUCAAUGAGCAUCUUCUUGAUCUUCUUCUUUUUCUUCUCCUGGGAUUUAAGUAAGAGAAGUACUAGUAUUUUAGCCAAUUAACCUAUAGAAAGCUGUAAACAACGAAGACGGUAGUGGCAGCGACAUCGUCACAAGCCAAUAAUAUGAUUGGUUGGAAAUUGUCGUGUUGCACGUGUAGGGCUCAUUUUUGUCCAUUUCUUUGAUGUGAUAUACCAAGCGACAAAGUGAAAUGUCCAAAUUUGAAGUUUUAACUACACCGCGAGUUUUUGUAAUAUUUUCAUGCAUACAUGCAUUCCAAUUGUAAAAUCAUUCACUUAUUUUUCACAACGUGAACUGGAUAGAAAGAAGCGAAAUAAAAUAAGACAGGGUCUCAAUGGGGUGGUAGCUUUUACGGUUAUCGGCUAAAAUUUUGGCUCUUUUACGGCUAUCGGUUAAUUUUUCCAGUUAACAACAAAGUUAAAACGUAAUUUCUUUUGUUUCAAGGAGUUAAAUAUUAAUAAACCUGUAUUUUUUGUCUCUUUAAAGCAAAAUAAAGGACUUAGGAUCAUCUCGGGAUGAAAUAAGCCAUUCUUUUGAAAAAUUUUAACAUUUGAUAGAUCAUAAUUUUUAUAAAGUAUUCCACUUCUUAUAUUAUUUUACUCAUACAAAUGUCAAUAGUCAAUUUAAAAAUAAUCUUUGUGAAAAAGCAAAAGCAGACACGCAAACGCCCAACUCAAGGCCGGCGCGCCAAAUUCAUCUAUAACAGAAAUGGCCGUUUUCACACUAGAGGCGGAUUAUUCGGGUUAGACGGGUUAUCCCUUUGACAAUUCGCGUCAGAUAGGAAAUACGUCUUAAUUUGAAAAUGGAAUGGUUUUAAUUUUGAAUCAGAACAGUCCGCCUGGCUUUCUCCGUCAAUUUUGACGAACAAUUUAAUUGAAGAUGGAUUAUCCAUUUCAGAUAGCCUGCGUACAGCCGCCCCCUCCCCUCAGAAGGAGGAAGAGAGAAGGAGUGUCUUUGGGGGAGGGGCUGACUGUACUCAGGCUAGUCUCAGAUGGAUAAUCCGUUUCUAGCUUUAGUGUGAAAACGGCCAAUGUAAAACAAUUCCAGUGUCCAGUGUUUUUAAUGAUAGCGAAGGACUGUACAGAACGACUGUCUGCCGUUGCCUUGUCCGUAGGCCUCAUUAUUCCGCGCGGCUGAUGCGUUUCGGGUCACGUGGUCCGAGCGAGUUUUUUUCUCAGAUACGCCACCGAAAUGCCUUGACCGAGAUCGCGUGGGAAGACGCCGUAGCGUCACAGAAAAACAGGGAAUUGUUACAUGGAAUUGUUGUUUAUAGGCGACGUGUUUUACAAACAGUGACAUCUCUUCGUGUUGCUAGUAUUUCGAGGGCACGACCUCCUGAAAAUGUCAAAUAUUAAUCCCCAGCAAGAAGCCAGAUUUUCGCUAUGGAAAAAAUUAGUUCUCCGAGAGAGCGGCGGCGGAAAUGGAGCCUAGGUCUAGGUCAACACCUAAAAGCUAGGCGCUUGGCCUAACGUGCGUACGCAGUCAAAGUAGCCGCCGGGAAAUAAAAACGCAACCAUAAGUGAGUUUAGCACCUUCCUUAAAACCAACAAAUCUAGGGAACAAUUUCUUUUACGGUUAACUCUUUCUUACCCAUUUACGGCUAACGGUUAAAAUUUUUCAAUUUUUACGGCUAUCAACUAAAUUUUUGGUCGUUUUACGCCUAUCGGUUACCCUCUUAAGACAGCACAGAACUUUAUUUUACAGUCACGUUGCCAUAGUAAGCGUAUUUUCGUUUCAUAUCUGGCGUGAGGGAGUUCUGCUCAAAGUGGUGUUCUUACCAACGGAUACAUCGUAAUAUCUUUCAUUGAGGACUUGGGAGGCUAGUGUUCAACUUCAGUGAGAUGGAACUUGUUGCAAUUUUUUAAACUGAGAUGUCAACAAGGUUUCUGCAUUCAAGCGAAGCAUAAUAGCAUAUUCCCCGCGGAAUUUUACUGCACUUGUCCGUCGCGCAUUCGUAUCUCUUGAUAACAUCUACAGUGAUGUGCAUGACAAGUUUCAACCUGUUACUCUGAGCUCGCAUUUAAAUCUUUUAAUUUUUAAAACUGGAUCGAUCCUUGAGCAACUUAAAAUUCCCCAAAAUUUCUUUAUUGUUUAGUCUCAGGCAAGGCCUCAUUGUUUUUCAGAUGACUUGCCUUAUACGUUGUACACAAAAUAGUUCCAUUAGGUUAAGAGUCAGCAUUGUUCUCUAAUGAACACCCUGUGUAAAAUCAUGGACCUUCUGGCGAUAUAUAUUUUAAUCGCAAAGGCCAAUUUAUUCGGCUUAAAAUGAAUGGUAAGAGUUCAGUGGAUUCAAACAUCGGUUUAAUGGUAAUUGAAAUAGCCGGUCAUCCGUAAUUAUAGGUAAACAAACAUUGAUAUUAAUCCACGUAACACCAGUCCCACAAGAUAUUGUAUCAUUUUGAUUACAAUUUCGGGGAAACACAUGAGAGAGAAAGUUAAAUGAAGAAAGAUGAUCUGUUUAAUGCACCAAGCAAUGCCGACAUCAAGCAGGGCACCUAUAGAGUAUGUGCCCGUUCCGGCGGCCAUGUUGGAGGAGUAAAACAAUAAAACUAUUUUCCUUUGGGAAGACAAAUAUUUUUAUUGUUUACUCCUCCAGCAGGGUCGCAGCGCACAGACUCUUUAAAAAACAUCAAGGAUUUAUAUAAAGCCAAAAUAGCUGAAUAUGGAUAAAUGUUCUACAAGUAAUAAAUAUAGUACAAAGUUCAAGAUGGGUGUAACAAAAGCAGCUGAUCUCAGAAUGCUUUUUCUAUCUCCCCUUCACGGGAAGAGAAGGGCGCCCCUUUGCCCCACUCUCCUAGUCCUGAUUUUUUUAGAAAGCAGAGUCUGAAAAAAAAUAAUAAUAAAUAUUCCCUUACUCCUCUUUAAGAUUCAGCGGCGAAUGAAUUCACUUGUCAGCUACUCUGAGAAACAAGGAUACUUGAAAGCCUUCUUUUCUGACAGACGUCAGUUUGUGUUAUCAUAUUUCACGCACGUUUCGUGAGUUAACUGCGAUUGGAGACCGUUGCUGGUGAGAAGUAACUAACCACGUAAACAAGUUUCACUUGCAAAAAGAUGUUACCUUAAAAACAUUUUCUUAUACCUUUUUCAGAAUUUAUCGCAAAGCAUUAUUAGUAUACCACAAAACAAUCAUUAGCAAGCCAAUGGAUCGUUUAAUCCGUCAACUUUUACAGAAAUUUGAUUUAUAAGACCAAGAAAGAACGAUUUUAAUACGAUAAUCGCGUGGUUCACUGCUGAAUCACAAAUUGGCCAUUAAAUAAGCUCUUCUAACCAGCCGACCGACCACAGACGAGCGAAGGAGUGGUAGAAGUUGGAUAAACAUUGUUGAUUCAUUGUUUGCACUGCCUUGUAAUUAACCUCAAAACUGCUGUUAGUCCAUGUGAGUCACUAUUAUAAAAUUAGUGCUCAAUAUCGAUUUGUUUGAAACAAGGAUAACAAUGUGGCGAAAUGAACGCAAAAUGUUGAAGAUUUCACAAAUAUGUACAAAAGCAGCUCUUUUGUUUGUGUUAUAUAUUGCGCGCGCCUUUUAAUGAAAUAUAUGUAUGUUUGCAUUAUAAAGAUAGUUAUGUGUAUGGCCCGAUUGUUAGUUGAUCACCCUUUUUCGACCAUAAACUGAUGGAAUUUAAUCAUCCGGAUGAGUAAAACGCUACAAAGGAUUCCUGUCGAUGAAUUGACGCUCCUCUCCGAUAAUUGGGCCGUAGUUAUCUUUUGAGUUAUUCAAGUGCUCUUGACUCCCGCUGGUGUCGAAAGGUCAGCCAGUAAACAGCAGUUCCCCUCAGGACUUCACCAUCCCGGCAGAUCUCGUCUAUCAAGAUUUAUCACUUCCGGGUUCAAAACACUUGUCAGGUUUGGUUUGGCACCCGGGUUAACGGUUAACACUGAAAUCGUAAGUAGUAACCUAAGUCAAUGCCCUCAGGCGUCUGGUUGCUCAACAGUUUACCAACGUUAUGUAAUUACAACAGAAGUUCAGUCAGUACAGUCAGUAUUUCAUUCUUUUAUUCCACUAUCCUGGACAAUACAGUGCAAAGAAUAUCUAAAAAAUUUGAAAUUUUCGCCAAACUCCUCGCGUGAUGUUUGAUUUCACCAAAAUAAUGCAAUGCAAAUUAUUAAAUGGAAGCAAUGUUCCGUGUCCGUGUUCCGUUGCCAUGCCUUGGGAUACCUGUGAAGCAGGGAAUUUACUCUAUAUCUAUAGUCAUGCAGUAAUUUAAUGACUACUAGAGGGUGAUUCUCAUAAACAGUUCUUUCAGGAAUUCACUAUCCCGGAGGAUCUCGUCCAUCAAAAUUUAUUACUUCCGGGUUCAAAACAUUUGUCAGGUUUGGUUUGGCAGCCGGGUUAACGGUUAACACUGAAAUCGUAAGUAGCAACCGACGUUAACGCCCUCAGGCGUCUGGUUGCUCAACAGUUUACCAACGUUAUGUAAUUACAACAGAAGUUCAGUCAAUACAGUCAGUAUUUCAUGAUUUUAUUCCACUAUCCUGGACAAUACAGUGCGAAGAAUAUCUAAAAUAUUUGAAAUUUUCGCGAAGCUCCUCGCGUGAUCUUUGAUUUCACCAAAAUAAUGCAAUGCAAAUUAUUAAAUGGAAGCAAUGUUCCGUGUCCGUGUUCCGUUGCAUUGCCCCAAGAUACCUGUGAAGCGAGGAAUUUACUCUAUAUCUAUAGUAAUGAAGCAAUUUAAUGACUACUAGAGGGUGAUUCUCAUAAACAGUUCCUUCAAUUUUGGAGUCAAACCACCAAGCUCCUUGGAGAUAUCAAGGUGAGAAGAGCCGCUUUGGCUGAGCGAAAAAGCUUUGAAUGGGAAACUAAACCACAUAUAUAAAUCAGUGUUAGAAUUCGUACACCACCUUUUUGGUAACUAUUUCGUUCUGGGGAUAUCAGCUCACAACACCAUGAUACCUGAGCAAAUGUAGCAGGUGUAUAGUGAGAACAAAAAGAUGUGAUUGCAGAUGAAUUUGAGGACAAACCCCCUCAGUAUAAGAGCCCCAAGAACGUUUGGGCCGAAGCGAAAUCUCGUUUUCUGUUUAAAUACUAACUAGUGCAGUGAAAGCUAUUCAAUCCUGGAUUCCAUAAUUUGCUAAAACUAUUAGCUUAAAGCACGCCUCCACGAAGCCAAUUAAGGUCGAGAGUUCUUCGACUUAAAGUGGGGCUGAAGAUAGCAUGGAAGUUAAGCUUUGACUUGGACUCCUAUUGAAGGGUGUUCUUCACACCCUUUAUUCAAAAUAAGGCAACUUGGUUGAAUGACAUAUUUUAGUCAGUUUGUGCAGUGAGGCCUAAGGAAAUACUUGAUUAAGUGGUUUGGGAUCCCAUGAUUAUUCUCCCUGAAUGACUACUCAACAGAAACAAACUUUUCCCAGACCCAUCGACAAGAUCAUUUUAAGGUUUGAAGGAAACAGGUCAAAAUAGUAUAAUUCAAAAUUUCCAUCUAGGGAACGCAAUUUUUCAUUUUCAAAAUCGUUCUGUUAGGAAGUUUGUCAUGUAUACACUAUUAGGAAGUGGGAGUGCAUAUAAAGGAUUCAAAUGAACAGAUGUAGUCCAUUCUCCUUUGUACAAACUAUAUAUUUAUAUAUAUACACACCCACACUAUGUAUGUUUAUUGGUAGAACUGAUUUAAAAGAGCGCUCAACUCUAAGAGGAGAAGUGAUAAGUCAGUUUAGGACUUCAUCAAUAAUUUAAUGUUAUAUUUCUACUGUUCGGUUUCGUAUGGUCAAAGAAUGACCACACUCCUUGGGAAAUUUUAACCGUGCAAAUAUAAGUUUGGAAGUCAAGCAUGCUUUCGAUCAUUCAUACUUAAGUACGAGUGUUCUAUAAAGGUUCUUGUCAUUCAUGAAAUUAGAAUACUGAAAAGGCAAAAUGGCGGAAAAUGAUAACCAGUACACUGUGGAUAGACAGCAAGUGGAAGAGGAAACCAGCUUCAUGCUGGAGCCGGUAAGAGAUAAAGUUGUAUUUUGUCAUUAUUUUAACACUUUUUUCAACACUUUUACCAUCCUUUUAAAAUUCUUGCCUCGAAAACGGCAUUUGUUUCCCAUUUUCACACUUUAAGCAUUCCACGAAUUAAUUAUUCGCAUUCUUUAGUCGUCAAAGUAAUUAUCGUGGUAAGAAGGAGCAUCUCUCUCAACCCACCCGACCCUCAUGUCCAACUAUCCUUGGCCUUAAGAGCCCUAGAGAGCUGGCACCAGUCACUGUUUUUGUACCCAUGAUGUCAAACCGGCAUGCUUUACGCUUAGACUUUAAAGCCUUCUUUCCUAUUGUCAAACAAUUAAUUCUUUAGUUGUGUUCUUUGAAGGUGAUCGUGCGAAAUAGGAAAGUGCCGAGCAAGAAGGAAAAGCCAAAAGCGUUUGGUUUGUCUUACCUUGUCAACGAACAUCCCCCAUGGUAUCUUUGCAUAUGGUUGGCUUUUCAGGUAGGCAAAUACAGCUGAAGAUUUGCUUUGCUUCUUUUAACUUAGUCUUCGGAUUCGUCUAGAUUAAUUGGUGACUACAGUAUUUCUCUUUUUUUAACACUGUUCCUAAUAUUUCAGCAUUUCCUAUAACCAUGCUUGGAUCAACAUUGGCGAUUCCCUUCAUUUUACAAAUUCCCAUGUGUUUUCAAGGCAACAAACUUGUCAUUAGUGAAAUCCUGAGCACUAUAUUCUUCGUAUCUGGAAUUGCUACAUUGUUACAGACUACGUUUGGUGUCAGGUUAAUAUAUUUUUUUGCUGUAAUUUUUGAAUUGUGGGCAAGGGCAAGAGAAGUUGAAGCCAUGGGGAAAGAUUAUUGUUACGACAAUGAUAAAAAAUACGCUUUUGGCUUAAUAAUGAGGGAAGAAAAUAAUCGUGCUGCACGUGCAACUAUCGAGCACGUGCGGAAUGCAGAACGCAUU